UUGAAGUUAACGAUGUUAUUAAUUUACUUGGUAUUUAUUAUUGCAAAUAUAUGUUCAAUCAAAAGCCACGACUGGGGUUACACCGACGAAAAUGGUCCAAAUAAUUGGCCGGGAGUGUGCAAAAAUGGCAAGAGACAAUCUCCGAUAAACAUCGAGACAGACAACACCCUCAAGGAUGAUUUGGGGUCAUUGAAAUUCCUGCACUAUGACUAUGCAUUUACCGGGAUAUUGACCAAUACCGGUCACAAUGUGCAAAUAACAUUGUCUGGUGUACCAAUAUUUUUAAGUGGUGGUGGAUUGACGUCGAAAUACGUGCUCGAGCAAAUGCACUUUCAUUGGGGUGCUGAGCACACAAUUGAUGGCACUCGUGAUGCACUAGAGCUUCAUUUGGUACAUCAUGAUAAAAACAUAGAAAUUCAAAGGAAAGUCAUACCCGUUCACUUGUUGCCGAACGACAGGACGACGUUUUAUCGAUACUCAGGCUCAUUGACUACUCCUGGGUGCCAAGAGUCCGUCGUCUGGUUUGUUAUGACUGAGAAGUUGACCAUCUCUGAGUCGCAAGUGAAAAUCCUUAAAAACGUCCAAACCCACAACGGAACCUUGGCAUCAAACUAUCGUCCGACUCAAGAAGCCGGCGACCGAAAAGUGUACCACCACCUUCUCGGCUACUCCUCCUCCCCUAUUUCUACCCCCACUCCUUUCGUGUUCCUCAUCGCCGCCAUCUUGUCGAGCUUAUUUUGA